AUGGUACCUACGCUCCUUGCUCAAAACUUUAACACUUCACUUCACUCCAUACCAACAUGCAUCAAGAUCUUCUUUGCUGAUUUACUUCUACCUCAAACCAACGACAUGAACCACGAACCCCAAACCGCGAAAGCCAUGCCGAUAAGCAGACUACCCAAUCUGCCGCCAGAAGUGCUCCUGGAGAUAUGUCGCCACCUAGCAGCACCGAUGCAAGACGCGUUCUCAGAACACUUGUACUGGUAUUAUUUCUCCAUUUACAGCAGCGGCGUCAUCCAAAGACCAAAGCUGGCCGAAGUCCUCACGUGCAGUGCACCCCUUGCUCGACUGAUGCGGACGUGCAGAGCCAUGCGCUCGAUGGCGGGCCACGAGCUCUACUCGUGCUACUGCGACAUGUUACGUGCAGCAGUCUUCCCAGACCUGUGUCUUUUGUUAGACAUUCAAGUCCCUGAACGCUUCUUUCGUCAUCACCCGCUACCUGGGAAGAGCUUGAAAGAGAUGGAGAAGGACGUCGCUACCACUCUUAAGGUUUGGAUAUCGCGAACAGCCCCCUUGCCCGUUCACGACACGUUCUCCUUUCGAAUCCCAUGGGAUCUUCGCCUCGAGCACCUCCGUCACCUCUACGUCCUGUUUUGCGGACCGCUGUCAGCAACACUUGUCGAUCUCAGGCUGAACCCCGAGGACCUGGGGAGCUUGACGGCCACGCGCGUGGAAGGCCAUCUCAGCGAGCUGACAAGGAGAAGUCUGCCAGACUUGUGCCGCAAGCUGGAGGCUGGGUGGUUCAAGGACUUAAACGAGAUUGAGAUCUUGUAUGGCCAUCGAUGA